GGAAAUACAGGCGGGAUGACAGAUAAUAUACUUGCUUCAAGACUUUAUCGUCCAGGAAGUGUUGCUUAUGUCUCUCGAUCCGGUGGGAUGUCCAACGAACUCAAUAAUAUCAUCUCAAUCAAUUCAGAUGGUGUCUACGAAGGUGUAGCUAUCGGUGGUGAUCGUUUCCCUGGUUCAACAUUUCUUGAUCAUAUUCUACGUUAUGAAAGUAAUCCUGAAGUUGGUAUGAUUGUUGUAUUGGGUGAAGUUGGUGGUGUUGAAGAAUACGCCUUAAUCGAUGCUGUGAAAUCGGGUAAAGUGAAAAAGCCAAUUGUAGCCUGGUGUAUUGGUUCUUGUGGAGAAUUAUUAGCCGCUGUAGAUGAUACAGGCAGUGGAUCAAUUCAAUUCGGUCAUGCUGGUGCAUGUGCUAAUUCAUUGAAAGAAACAGCUACAGCUAAGAAUCAGGCGUUGGCUGAUGUUGGGAUACAUGUACCCUCAUCAUUUGAUGAAUUGGAUCUGUUGAUUAGACGUGUAUUCGAUGAUCUUGUGCGUAGUGGUCAACUGAUACCGAAACCAGAUCAUUCACCUAGAACUGUACCAAUGGAUUAUUCAUGGGCAAAAGAAUUAGGCCUGAUUCGUCGGCCAGUUGCAUUUACCUCGACGAUAUGCGAUGAUCGUGGUGAAGAAUUGCUAUAUGCUGGAUUGCCUAUUAGUCAAGUGAUUGAAGAAGAAUUAGGCAUUGGUGGAGUUCUUAGCUUGCUAUGGUUUAAACGAAGAUUACCUGAAUAUGCAAGGAAAUUUCUUGAACUUUGUUUGAUCAUCACAGCUGAUCAUGGUCCAGCUGUUUCUGGUGCGCAUAAUACAAUAGUGACAACACGAGCUGGAAAAGAUUUAAUCUCAAGUCUUGUCACGGGUUUAUUAACCAUUGGUGAUAGAUUUGGUGGUGCAUUAGACGCGGCGGCACGUCAAUUUUCAACUGCUUAUGACACGGGCCUAUCACCUGUUCAAUUUGUGAAUCAAGAACGUCAAGCGUCACGUUUAAUUAUGGGCAUUGGUCAUCGGAUAAAGUCGAUCACAAAUCCAGAUAAACGUGUCCAAUUGUUAUCAAAUUAUGUUCAUCAAUAUUUCCCAGCUACACCGAUUAUUGAUUAUGCAUUUGAAGUAGAAAAGGUGACCACUUCUAAGCGUCCAAAUUUAAUUCUAAAUGUUGAUGGAAUGAUCGGUGUAGCUAUGGUCGAUUUACUAAGAAAUUGUGGUCAUUUUACAAGAGAAGAAGCUGAUGAAUAUGUCAAUAUUGGUACAUUGAAUGGUUUAUUUGUCUUGGGUCGAUCAAUCGGUUUUAUUGGUCAUUAUUUGGAUCAAAAACGUUUACAUCAAGGGCUGUAUCGUCAUCCAUGGGAGGAUAUAUCCUAUAUGCUACCGAAAGAUCUGUAAUCACAGAAGCGAGGACAUCCGCGCGCGCGCACAAACACACACAAAUAAGAGAUAUUUAAGAGCUCUAUAAUACACAAACAAAUAAGCAAAAAUCAUUAAGUGUCUACUCCCUAUGCGUGUGCGUGUCUCAUUGUUACUUAAUUUCUUAUUAUUAUUAUUAUAAUUAUUAUUUAUCGUAAUCAUGUCAAGUGGAAUGCAUUUCCCUCACUCGCCCCAUCGACCCUAUACCCCGCCUCACUCCAUUUUGUUGUAUCUCUCAUUCAUUUGGCCUCCUUCUCUUUUUCUCUCUCUCUGUGUGUAUCUGAGUAGAGUGUUCUGUUGAAGGGUGAGAGGGAGAGAGAGCGAGUUCGAUCAAAGUUGAGGGUCUUAAGAACAGAGACAGAGGAUAUAAGGGUUUGGGAGUUGGUAUGGGAUAAGAACACGAAACAACAUAGCGACGGGUGUCAAAUGAUGGGUGUCGGAGAGAAAGAGAGAGACAGGAUGAAAAUAACGUUUAUUCGACUUAUUUAUUUAUCAGCUCUAUCAUCCUCAUGUAGGAAUUAUCGUCAUUCUCAUCAUGAGAGGUAUUCAAUCAUUCCUUCUCCACUACUAUUAUUAUUACUUCUAUUAUUUAUAAGAUGGGGGAGUUUUCCAUAUUCAUUUCCACAUUCUCUAACCCAUUGUAUCUUUUAUCUGUUUAUUUUGUCCACUACUUAAUUCUACAUUCUCACCAAUCAUGUGCCCUUCCUCCCCCUUCGCCUGCCCCUUCCUCCUCCUCUUCUACUGUUCUAUUCGCUCAUCUCUAUCACUUACGAUUGAAAAGAGACAUAGGGGAUCUCUGAAUCUGUCUAGGCGCCUAUUUGUGGACUUCAUAUCUUCAUAGACAUUCAUCUACUACUAAUCUUUUAAAUACUUCAAAUGGUUGUGCUCUAUCUAUCUGUCUAUGGUUGUGAACACUGCACUGCAUUGCACUACACAGCACUAUUACUACUAAGUCGACAACGAUGCCGACGACUGCUACUGCCUAACACUACCGUCGUUUUAGUUGAUAACAUGAAGGAAAGACUGAUGAAGGCUUCAAUUUGAACAAUGACAAUAUAAGUAGUAGUAUUCAGUAGCAUAUAUAUGUGUGUGUGCGUGUAUGUGCAUGUGUAUUUUCUAAUGAAGUUCGCUCCUUUUUUCUACCUGCCUAUUUGACUACUUGUUUGUUUCCGUGUUUUUUUCUUUUUUAGAAAAUUUAUAAUAGAAAUAAGUAAAAGUUUGUCUAUUUAUUGAUUUAUUAGAGAAACUUUAUUUUUUCAGAAAAAAUCUUAGAUAUAUAUAUAUCCAUUAGUGUACGUUUUUUAUCUUCAGAGGAGGAGCGUUCAUUGUGUGGAUUUAGGUGGGGUUCUGGACUGUUGACUCUCGUUAAGCAUCCUUCCAUCUAUCUUCGUAUCUUUCGUCUAUCAGUCUCAUUUCCCUCUCUCACUGUGUCUCUCUUAUACGCAACCCUCUUAUUUAUUUAUUUGUUGAUGUAAUAGAGGAGAAAAUAAAAUAGUAUUUCUGCUCAUUUAUCUGUCUUGCUGUUUCUCUCUUUAUUUUUAUUACUUCUAUUGAAGUGCACAUUACAUUAUUACUAAAUACUGUUACAUUAUAAUAAAGUGUUAUUUAGUCAGAGAAAUCAC